AACAAUAUACAAAAGGGGAAACAGUUGCAUAUGAAAUGUACCGCCACAAAGAACACAAGCAGAGGACUUUAUGAAGUAGCAAAACGCCUUCUGAACUGAGUCAUAUUAACCAUGGCAACAAGCUCUCCAUCUUCUGUAACAAAUCAAACACAAAUCGAACCUUGUGAUUUAUAUGAACAUGAAGAUUCAGCAAGUAUUUUAUUGCCUACUUUCUACAGUGUUAUUUUCAUAAUUGGUCUACUUGGAAAUGGACUUGCUCUCGCUGUGAUUGUAAAAAAUAGAAGAAAAAUCAAUUCAACAACUAUUUACUCAACAAAUCUUGUUGUGUCAGACAUUCUUUUUACAACAGCUUUACCUACCAGAAUAGCAUACUAUGCAAUGCGUUUUCACUGGCCAUUUGGAGAGGUAUUCUGUAAAAUUACAGCCCUUUUCUUUUAUAUCAACAUUUAUGCAGCUGUGAAUUUUAUGACAUGCUUGAGUAUCGAUAGAUUUGUAGCUGUGGUUCAUCCUUUAAAAACCAAAUUCAGAACAGUUAAAAGUGCCACAUACAUUUUUUGCUUUGUAUGGUGUCUUGUACUUGCCCAAACUCUUCCGUUGCUUAGAAUACCCAUGUCACAUCAAGAAGGUAAAAGGACCACAUGCAUGGAAUAUCCAAACUUUGAAAAGAUUGAACACCUCCCUCUGAUCCUUCUUGGUGCCUGUUUACUUGGAUAUGUGGUUCCCCUUGGAAUUACAAUAAUCUGUUAUUCAAAAAUCAGUUACAAACUCUGUCAAACUGCAAAGCAAAACCCACUAGCAGAAAAAUCAGGAACAAACAAAAAGGCAAUUAAUAUAAUUAUCUUCAUUAUCGUUGUAUUUGUAAUCUGUCUUACUCCCUACCAUCUUGCCAUUAUUAUAUACAUGAUUAAGAAGCUCGUGCAAGGAAAUAUUCCCUGCAGCCAUCAGAAGAUCUUUCAAAAGACACUCCAUUAUACUGUGUUCCUGAUGAACUUAAAUUGCUGCAUGGAUCCUUUCAUCUAUUUCUUUGCUUGCAGAGGAUACAAAAGGACAAUAAUGAAAAUAUUGAGGCGUCAAGGAAGUAUUUCAGAAUCAAGUGCUGCCAGAACUGUUCCUGAUGAAAGCUCCCGGGAUAUUGGAGACACACAACUAACACCCCUUUCAGCAACUUUAAAUGGAAAAAGAUAGACAUAAGCCCUUUGAAUUUGAAUGUGCCUCCAGAAUCUUGAUUUCAAAAAUGCUGGAAAUAGCAAGAAUCAUCACAGCAAGAAAGGCAAAGAAAGGAGAAAAAUCCAACUGUACAUUUAAAAAAAAGAAGUACACGUUUGAUUUUUUAGGAGUGAAGCAGAGGAUGGAUUAUGCAACAUAUCAUUACCACAGAUAUUUAAUUUAAUAAUAUUUGGGGUUCUCCAAAUAUUAUUAUUUUUAAUCUUUCUCUCAUGUCAGUGUACUUCUUUUCUGGGAUGCUAUUACCCAAGUUCUCAGGAGAAAAGCAACCAGUUUAAUGGGUUUAAAUAACUGGACUCUAAACAAUAUACAACUGGAUUGGCAAAAUAACAUGUGACAGAUAUGCAAAAGGGAAUAUUUAACAUUUUCUUUUUCAUAUCUAUAUAUGAAAUACAUUUAUUUAUAUAAUAACCCAUGCAAAAUCAUGUAAUUAUAAAUAGUUUUGUUUCUCAAGAGGAAGUAUGUAGAUAGCUUUAGGCAAUUUACUAUUAUUGUUAGAAAAUAAUCCCCAAGUUUUAAAUAACUUAUUGAACACUGGAUCCUAUGUUUGGUUUGACUAUUCCAUAAUAAUUUUAAGAUAUAUAACUAUGAUGGCAAACCUAUAAACUUACCCCAAAGUGGCACAUGGAGCAAUAUCGCCUGGCAUGCGUGUUGCCCAUUCCUCUUCUGGGCUUCUGACACGCAUGCACGUACGACGAUUAGCUGGCCUUCAUGUGUGUGGCAGUGCUGGAAACUGGAAGAACUGGUCUUCCAUUUUCUGGUGUGAGCAUGCACGCUGGCCAGCUGAUCGUCCAUACACGCAUGCACAUCAGUAACCAAUACAUUUGGUGGUCUGCGCGCACCGGAAACCAGAAAUUCUUUUUCCAGCAUGCGAAUGGCCCCCGGGCAGCUCUUCCUCAGUGCCAAAAAGGUUCGCCAUUACUUAUAAAUAACCUACAUAGUUUAACGGUCAUGUAAUAAAAACAGCUGAACCUCUAGGAUGGAAGGCUGAAAGUCUCAAACCUUCUCUCACUGAAGCCCUCUGGGUUUUCCCAAAUAGGCACUGUCUCGAGGCAGUGUCUUGCAAUUUCUGCCAUUGUAAGUGCUUCAUUUUGUAUCCUUUCCCAAAUAAUAAAUAUAAGCAUUUUACAACCUCUGCCACCUUUCUGUCUAUCAAAAGAUAAAAAUGGUUAAAAAAAGGUCAAAAUGUAAAUGGAUGAAAUAAUUUGAAUAGUACUGCUUUCUAGUUUAACAAUGAAAAGGUUCGUGGCUAGAAGGUUUAGCAUUUAGAUGUGGUAUCAUUUAGAUGUGGGGGGGGGAAUCAGGUCAAUCUCAUAAGAGAUAAACAAAAUCAAACAUUAUUUAAAGAUGAGUUGAACAUUUCAACUUCAAGUAUCAACAUUUUCUUUUGCAAGAAGGAAAUGCACCGACUCUUCAUUUAGUGACCUCAGUUAGCAACUAUUCACAAAUAAAAAGGUAAUAAAGUUCAUUUUCUGACUAACGCAUGCAUUUACAACUAAAUUUUGUGCUCCUGACAACACAUGCCCGGGACAGUAAUACUGACUUAGCUGUGCAACCAAACUUUAUCUGAAUGAAAAAAUAGUAAUCAGUGAUUUCUCAAUCAUUUGUUCACUUAGUGAUCAUUUUGUUUAAUGACUUGAUCACUGGAAUGGAACAUAGUUGCUAAACAAGAAGUGAGUGUACAGAUAAAAUGCUUUCAGAAGAUCACAGGGUGCUAUGAUUCUGCUGCAAAUAAACUUUUAAAAAUCUAUGCAAAGUACUGGAAAAAGUUUCAAAGACAUAUUACAGAUCAGGAAAGAUUCUGGAGUGAAGUUACUUUUCCAUGCACAACCUGAGGAUAUGUAUAAAGAGACUAUAAAGAUAUAUAUGGAAACUUAUAUAGCAUGUGUGUGAAUGCCCUUUCAAUCAGUGUUGACUCACAGUAAUAAGAAAAUUAACUUUCAUAAAGAUUUUUGGUUAGAAUUUUAACCUAUUUCCUUAGGACAAAAGCUUUCUUAAUAUUCCUAGCAUGUGAAAACAGGAUCAGUCAGUUUGCAUCAAACCUAAUGGUCACCAUUCCCCUCCCUUCCGCCAUCAUAACCGUCCUGCCAAAACAAUGCCUGGGAAGAAU